AUGAGAAGACUCGCCCUUCUUGGGAAAACAGGAGAUGGCAAAAGCAGCUCUGGAAAUACAAUUCUUGGAAAAUCGGUAUUCAAAGUCCCAGUUGAAUUUUCACCUGUAUCUGAAACAACUGAAUGUGCAAGUAAAGAAGGAAUGAAUGAUGGAAGAAAGAUCACGGUUAUUGACACACCUGGAACAUUUGACACAAAAGUUGAUGAAAAACUCAUCAGAUCAGAGAUCAGUCGAGCUGUGACUGAAUGUGCUCCAUCAGUUGAUGCCUUAGUCAUCGUUCUUAAGGUCGGAAAGUACACAGAACAAGAAAUGGAGGUUGUGGAUAAAAUUGUUAAAACUUUUGGUGAGGAAACCUUUAAACAUGCAGUGGUCUUAUUCACCUUUGGUGAACAACUAAAGGGUCAAAACAUCAAGAACUUUGUGAACAAGAGUCCAAAACUAAAGGAGCUUGUUGAUAAAUGUGGAGGUCGCUGUCAUGUCAUUGACAAUGAAUACUGGAAUGACUGUCAUUCAGAGUACAAGAACAACAAGAUUCAGGUGAAAAAACUGCUGGAUACUAUUGACAAGAUGGUGCACGAAAACGGCUGCUACAUCAAUGAGAUGCUUCAGACUGUUGAGGAAGAAAUUCAAGAUGAGAUGAAGAAUUUAAUCGAGGACAGUUUGUCUCCAGAAGAGAAACGAAGAAGAGCAAAAGAGAUUGUUCAUGGAAAUCUUCUGAAAAGACUUGCAGGAGUGACAACAGGCUUGUUGAUUGGUGCUCUUCUGGGUGUUGGUGUUUCGGUGGAUGCAGUUGUGGUUGUACUUACAGCAGCCAGCGUUCCUGUAGGGGAGGGAAUUGCAACAGGGAAAAUGAAUGUAGCAGCAAAAGCUAUAGCAGUCACAGGAACAGCAGCCGGUGCAGGGGCUGGAACAAGAGCUGGAAUUGCUGUAGGAGUUGCAGCUCUUGCAGGAGCAGUUGGAGGAGGAAUUACUGGAUGGAAAGCAGCAGAAGAAGCUGAUUCAAUGAGUGAUGCAAUGAAGAAGGCAGCAAACGCUACCUAUGAGAAUGCUAAAGAUGUGAUUGAGAAAGUACAAGAAUUUACUUCUCUUUUAACAGAUACCAAAAAGCAGAUAUGA